CAACACUAUAUUCAGAGUGAGGUUGAGGUUAAGAGUGUAAGUUUUUAAAAAAUUCUGCACAAAUAAAGAAUUUUCCAGUAAUGAGUACCACAAAUCCGGCCCCUGCAAAUCUGACCCUUGCAAAUCCUAUCAACACGGAAUCCACUGGUUGGAAGAUUUUCUCUGCUUUUAUUGACGACACUCCAUUAAGUUUGCCCGAAGAAGUUUUGUGGAGUUACCUUUCUGACGAAUUGAAGCUAGAUACUCAAGCGAUACCGUCUGAAUGUAGAGAACAUUUGCCUUUAAUUUUGGUGGCAUAUAUGAAUAUUUGGUCUGGGUGGCAUUUUAAAAGCGAUUUUUUGGAAGGGAAAAUUCCGAAGGAUCAUUAUUUUCAACGUUUUCAGAAGUAUAUGAGGUACAAAUUAAAUAUUGCUAUUCGUGGACAGUUUGCGGUUGCUCUAAAGGCUGUACAAGAACAACAGAAAAUGGUUGCACCUAUUCAGAUUGAGAAUAAAGUGGAUUCUGAAUUUUCGCCAUUUACUAUUCAUAUUCAAUGUCCAGCAAAUAUGUUGAACACAAUUGUUUUUUCAAAUGUGGGAGAUGAUAUAGUAAUGAAACAGCACCUCGGCGGUGAUUGGGAAGAAUUAACAAUAACUCAAUUGUUAAAUUGGCCUCAUGUUGAAGUCACGUUUCGCAAUAAAGACGUCUGUUUCGUGCGACGUCAACGUUUUGAAUACCUGCGUUACUUAAAUUUCUUACCACACGAAUCAAAGAAACACGAGGAGUCCGUCAUUGAAAACGUAGAAAUAUUAUCCAAUUACGGCAACCAGAGGCAAUGUUUCAGUUACAAAUUUCUCCAGGCAUAUUUCAACACAUAUCUCGAGUUUUUGGAAAAGUUGGUUGCUCCAAUAAAAUUCAACGAGAUCCAAACAAUCCUCACGCAGUUUCUUGAGGACGUGAAAUACAUCGAUGUGAAUCAAAGRAUGGUGACCAACACWACAGUGUUGUUCAGAUUGUCGCCAAUGCGAUUUAUUCGAAAUAAAAAAUUAGUGAAAAACUCGGAUAAUAAAUUGGACUCGGCGAGGGUGGGAUACUGUGAAAUCAUCUCUCCGCAAACCGAGUUGCUUUUGCUUUAUUGCAAGGCGGAACAGACUGAUACUCCAUAUCUCAGUUUUGAGUAUAUAGAAGAACUUAAAAAAUCUAACAAGACUGAGGCUGUUAUUAUGCCUUCUAUAGUGUACAGAUGUACGUUUUGCAAUAUUAGAUAUAAUUCGCCAGACUCGAAACAAUUGAUGAUGCAGCAUUUGAAAGCGGCACAUAAGAUGGAACAACAAGUUCGGUGUACUUUUUGUAAAAAACAUUUGAAUGUGUUGAGUUUGGUUGCGAAUCGGUGGUCACAUCGGUGUCUACAAAGUCAGAAUAGCUCCACUAGCCGUUCUGUUAAUUCGAACAGUUUGGUGUCAAGUGCGACAAGUACUUCAAACGAUCAAAACAUUAUUUAAGUUAUAAUUAUAUAAACUUCUUAGUUAGAUACAUAUAAUUUAGUUAAUUUUAUAAAGCAGAAGCACUAUUUUUUAAACAUAUGUAUGUAUUACAAUUGAUUUUAUGGUUCCAAAAGUAUCUAAUUAAACACUAUUUUUUAAUAUAAAUUAUGGUUGAUACGAGAAGAGUAUAGUGAUUUUCUUUUACAAUCUUUUUGCUAACAUUCUUUAUGAGUUUAUGAUUUAUUUUCUUUUAUGUUAUUAUUUAUAAGAUUCUAUAUUUGUAACUUUUGAAAAGUAAUUAUCAUUAAUUGCCUUUUUCAAAAUGUAAUGCAAUACUCUUUACCUUGUCAGUACUGUUUUUGGGGAAUAAAUUGUUAUUAUUUCUUUUUUA